UCAGGAAUGUAAUGCAGACAAUGUGGAGAAGACUUCUGAGUUGACAGUUUCCUAGCAGACAGUCACUGACACCGUCCACAAUGAGGGUAAGCCAUGAAGGGUCACUGAUAAAGAAUUUGGCUGUUUUCAAGAAUCUUAAAGAACAUAGAAAAUUGAGUGAAAGGAAAAGAAUGCUUGACCUAAACCCAGUGGGGAAUCUAUCUUGUAUGGUCAAGAGGAAGAUGAGAUGAAGGUCAUUAUUAAAGCAAGCUUGGCUUCCUUAGCAGGCUGAUGUGACAUACACGAAUACUACACAGUAAAUUGACCUAUUUUCUUAGUAGGCCAAUGGAUCCUUAUGAAUCUCAAUAAUCCUUACUGUUUACAUCCUUGCUAUGUGCCCAGAGUUGUUUCUUUUGAACAUUAUGCUUAUAGUUGUUUGAAAUAACAUUCUUGUCUUUUUUUCAUUUCUUGGAAAUAGUGUUUUUUUUUAUGCACAAAUAUACAUGAACAUUUGGUACAUUUUUGAAUAACUAUUCAGUUGCACAUUUCUUUCAAACGGAGCUAUUUUUUUAAUGAAAACUGUACAGUGUCAUUCAGUUUUUAUGAAUAUAUUUUGAUCUAAAUAUGAUCGUGCAAGCUUCUGUUCACCUUUAACCUGCUGGGUGUUACUCCAGAAUUUCUAUUCUAUACUACUCAACUUUUAUUUUGAAAUUUCACGCCUCUGUUUCGCGCACGAGGCGGAGUUCGGAGAGGGUCCGCUUCUGCAGAGCUGCGAGAGGGACACACACUCCGUUCCGCUCCGUUUAAGGGUUUUGUUGGUCAUCUGGACGGAACCGCAGCUCGAAGGGGUGAACAACAUUCGGUAAAAAUGUGAAAACAAAUUCCACUGAAAGUAACUGUGUCCAAAGAGACAGUAAACAUGGACUCUAAUGGGAACAACACCAAGAAGAAGUUGUGGCUCUGCGGUCUCCUGUGGUGGUCGCUCCUGCUCGAACUGUCGUCUGGAGCUUCCUUCUAUGGGGAUGGCUUCAUACAUCUUAAGGCAACAGAAUCGUCCGACCAUAACAUUCUCCGUGUUCGAUUCCGGACCUCCAGCGCAAACGGCCUGAUGUUUCUCGCUGCUGGCCAGGCCAACUACUUCCUGCUAGAGCUCCAUGCUGGUCGCCUGCAGGUGAGAUUGGAUCUUGGAUCAGGGGAGCAGGUUUUAGAGUCAGAGCGAGGAGUCCAGCUCAACGAUUUGGCCUGGCACUCAGUGGAAGUCCACCAUGUGCAGCUAAAUGUCACACUCACUGUCGACAAAAACUCUCAUACAAGUACAAAGAUGCCUGGCUCUCAUCAUCAUCUCCACAUUAAAGAUGGUCUUUAUGUUGGCAGCUCAGGAGGUUUGGACAAAAUCUACCUUCCCAGAAACUUAAUCGGCUUCCGAGGCUGCUUGGAUGAGGUAGUGUUCAAUCAACAUGACUUAGUGUCAUCACUGAGGCCGUACACUGAAUACAAAAACAUUUAUGAAGUCUCUUUAGGCUGCAGUCCCCAGUUCUUUGCUACUGAGGAAGAGUCUAUUAGUUUUUUCAGUUCCAGAGCCUAUAUGUCCCUUCCAACUUGGAAUCAUCAUCAUCAUCAAGCUGCAUUUGAGUGUGUUGUGCACACCUCAGCCAACGAGGGUGUAAUCCUCUACAGUUCAGCCAGGGAUGGAGGCUUUGUGGCUCUGGAGAUACAGGAAGGUUUUCCAGUUGGUGUUAUAGGAAAAAAUGGAGUAAAAACUGAACUACGUUCUCAAAUAUCCAUCAAUGACAGAAAAUGGCAUUCUCUCAAGUUGCAUUUUAGUUCCAGAAACCUUGAGCUAACCGUGGACAAAGAAAUGGUGAAGAGUAGCAUUAGUUCUCACUCAAAGAGGCUUCAUCUUAAAGGUUUUCUUUAUGUUGGAGGUAUUGAUGAUGGUACCAGGUUAGAGGUCAGAAAGGUAGGUCUUGCCUCUGUAUCUGGAAGGCGUGCCAGAGGAGGUUCCUUUAAAGGAUGUUUAAGGAACAUUGAAAUAAACAGAGUAAAGAUGGGUCUCUCUAAUGCAUUAGUCACCAAAGAUAUUUCAGUAGGUUGUGAACCAGAAAAUCCACCAGAGGAAUCAACCCAUGUUAGUCCUACAAGUACACCAAGAUCAGUUUUGCAUUUUGUUACUCCAACCUCAUCUCUUCAGAUGUCCACCCUUGCAGUUGGUUUGGACAAAAGGCACGGCUCAGAUUUUGUACAUUUCAAAAAUCUUGUUGUCCAGGAAGGUGGUCGAGCCUCUCUUGACGCCAAACAUAUAAAGGUAUACCUGGACUUCAAGGCACUUGGCAUUCGGCAAUCUCAAAUUAUGUUUAGAAUUGAAGAGCAGCCAUUGAGAGGUCAGAUAAGACUUGAUGUCGAUGACGAGCAAGAGGAAAACACCUUUGGCAUGUUGGAUCUUUGGCAUGGAAGAGUGAUGUAUGUCCAUGGAGGCUCUGAGGAGCCAGAUGACUUCAUCAUGUUCUCAAUAUAUUGUAGUAGCAGAAAACCGGUUCCCGAUUAUCUAAAAAGCAGCAAAUUAUAUCGCUACAACAUAACUGUGACACCAACUAAUGAUGCACCUGAAUUAAGCCUCCCUGAAGGAAAUCUCUUUGUCUUAUUGGAAAGAUCUAAGAAACAUCUCACCACAGAGGUUUUGAAAGUUACAGACAUAGACAGCAAUUACACAGACCUUGUAUUCUCAGUACUAGGAAAUCUGAAUGCUGAUGCAGGCUAUUUGGAGCUAGAGGGCAACCCAGGCAAGGCAGAGACUUCAUUUUCAUAUGUUGACCUAGAUGAAAUGAGGGUGUAUUAUGUCCACACGGGUGUGAGAAACUCAAGGAUAGCUCUGAGAGUUAGCGAUGGAGACAAGGUCAGCAACACUGUGGUUUUAAGGAUCAUGGUCAUAGCGCUGGAGUAUGAGAUUGCCAACAACACUGGUCUUGAGCUCACUCAAGGAGAAACUGCUAUAAUUAGUUCGAAGCAGUUGGCCGUGCAAACAAAUGCAAUGAAACAAACUGUAGACAUUCGGUAUGAUAUUAUUGAACCACCACAGUUUGGAGAACUUCAGAGACUUCACUCAAGCGGUGAAUGGAGGCACACAGAGUCAUUCUCGCAAAGACUUCUGGAGAAAGAGCGCCUUCGAUACGUUAGCACCUUUCAAGACAUCCAGACCUCAAAUAUCAGUGAUUACUUUAAAUGUAAGGUUAAUGUGGCUGCAAGAGCGAACACUGAAAUACUUUUCCCAAUUGCUGUUAAGUGGGUGAGAUAUCAUUUGGCUAGGAACAUCAUGAUAAAUAUGGAUAAAGUUAGAAAAGUGACUAUAAGCUCAGAGUCCCUUGUGGCAAGAGCUGAUGGUGUCGCCCUCUCAGAUGAGGAACUUUAUUUUCGGGUCCUCACUACACCAAAGAAAGGAAAACUCCUGCUUGACUCCACAGUCUUGAUGAAGAACUCAACCUUUAGCCAAAGGGAUCUAUCAGAUAAAAGAGUCCAUUAUGAGCUGGUUGACAGACCUUACGAAGACACAACGGACAGAUUCAAAUUUCAGCUGAUCUCCAAACAUGCUCAGUCUGAAAACUAUGAUUUUCAGUUUUCAAUCAAAGCCGAUAUCAACACUGUGUUUAUGAAAAAUAAAGGCCUCUCGCUUCAGGAGGGAGAGAGUAAACUCAUCACCAAAGAUGAGCUCUUUGCAGAGACUUUAAGCACAAGGGACAUGUUCUAUACUAUCAUAAGCAGUCCUAAACAUGGAAGGCUGGCACGCAUUAGUCAGUCAAAUUCCAAUGCCAGCUAUGAUAACAUCUUGACCUUCAGUAAUCAGGAUAUAAUGCAGGAGCGAUUAAUGUACAUCCACGAUGAUAGCGAAACUACACAAGAUGACUUUGUUUUUAUAGCCUCUACCAACCAAGGCUUCAAAUCUUCCAUUUCGGAUAAUGAUGUUGGCUCCAAAGAAGGAACAUUCAACAUCACAGUUCAACUAGUGAAUGAUCAAAAACCAAUGCGAAUCAUUGAUAAAGUUUUCCAUGUUGUAAGAAAUGGACAGAAGCUUCUCACUUCAGAGGAUUUGCUUUAUCACGAUAACGACUCCGACUUUGAUGACGGCCAGCUGAUCUACACCCGACGUGGAAUCCCAAUGGGAGACCUCGUGCUGGUCAAUGACACAACUCAUCGGCUGUUUCAGUUUGCACAGAAGGAUUUGGAGGAGAAGCGCGUGUUGUUCAUUCACAAAGGUGCUAGUACUGGCAGGUUUGUUCUCUUUGUAUCAGAUGGAAGCAAUUUUGUGUCAGGUCUCUUAGAUGUUAGUGCUCAUGACCCUUUCCUGAAGGCUGAGAACAACACAGGUCUGUUGGUUCAGAAAGGACAGUCGGUAACGUUUACCACCAACAAUUUCAGCAUAGUAUCAAAUAUGGAUAUCCGGGAUGACCGGGAGGUCAUUAUUAAGUUGGAGGAGCCUCCGAGAUAUGGCAGUAUUUAUCGUAAUAAGACAAAGGUUGAGUCAUUCACGCAGUCUGAACUAAAGGAUGGGUUAAUCUCAUACAGCCACGAUGACAGCAAACACCUGGCAGACCAUUUCAACUUGACUGUGAAAGCUAAAGUUCUGCAAAUUACAGAGAGAGUUAAUGUGAAGGUUUAUCUUGAAAGUCAUCAGAGGCCACCCAUCAUACAACAUCAGGAGACUUUACUGGUGGAAGAGGGAAAACCAGUGAAGAUUGAUGAGACUAAACUGGAGGUCACACACGAGGACAACCUGCCAUCUGAGAUUGUGUUUGCAGUCAAAGUAGCUCCAUCUCAUGGCUUUCUCAGGCGCUUUUUCGAAGCCGAUGAGCGCUACAUCGGAACCAAACAGUCGCCUGUCAAGAUAUUUACCCAGGAUGACAUUAACAAAGGGAACAUCCAGUACGUUCAAGUGGAGCCAAACAAAGUAAACGACACCUUUCUCCUGGAUGCCACCAAUGGAAUCACCGAUGUCAGCAACAUCAGGAUAACUGUUGACAUCAUCCCACUGCUCAUUCCUCUACACGUCACCAAUUUCACCAUUAAUGAGGGCGCCUCAAAAGCACUGACUGAGGAUGUUCUUAAAGUCACCAAUAGGCACUUUUCUGGGUUGAACUUCUUUUAUAAUUUGACAAAGCCUCCUCUCCACGGUCACAUUGAGCACUCUCGACAUCCUGGUGUGCCUAUAACCACUUUCACCAGGAGACAGGUGGAACAUGAAUUUAUUUACUAUGUCCAUGACAGCAGCGAAACCUUAGUCGAUAAUUUUACAGUGCAAGCCAACGACACAGGCUUGAGGAAGCACAGUGCCGCCCAGACGGUUUACAUCGAGCUUACAGCUGUUAAUGAUGAGUCUCCUGUCAUUACCACCAACAGGGUCCUCAGGGUUUGGGUGUCGUCAAUCACAGAAAUCAGACCGGAGGAUCUUAGAGCUGAGGAUCUUGAUACACCAGCAGAUGAGCUACAAUUCAUGGUCACCCCACCCAGCAAUGGACACCUGGCCCUUAAAAGCAACCCCAUGAAGGCAGUGUUGAACUUCACUCAGGCCCAUCUAGACCAGGGACAGCUGCUGUUUGUCCACAAAGGAGCCAUGUCUGGGGGCUUUAACUUCCAAGUCAAUGACGGUGUGAAUUUUACUCCCAGGCAGAUCUUCAGCAUCACCGCCAAAGCUUUAGUUGUGAAUUUGGAGAAAAAUCGCCCACUCAAGGUGUUUCCUGGAUCUUCCAGCCCGAUCACCAGUGAUGAUUUACAGGCUGUGACCAAUGACAUUGGAAGCACCUCUAACCGCACCAUUAUGUUCAAUGUGAUUCGCCAUCCUAAACUGGGACGCUUGGUGCAGAGGCAGCUUGAUAACUCUACUGUAGAGAUCUCAACUUUUACACAAGACAUGGUGAACAGAAAGGAAGUCAUCUACAUUCAGACGCCCAUUGAGUCGGUGGGCUGGGAAGCUAUGGAUUCAAUAACUUUUUCUGUAUCAUCACCGCCUGUCUCUAUUGAUGGUCAGACUUUCAAAAUAGACAUCUCCUAUGAAAAUACAGGACCUGAACACAAUACAGUACUCCUCAAAAACACAGGUGCUGAGGUGGCAGAAGGGGAGAGUGUUGUCAUAGAUGAAUUCAAGCUGGAUGCCUCCAACCUGAUGUCAAAACUGCCAACGCCACAGCGGAGCUCCUUUGAGGUCUGGUUUCAGGUGACGGAUCUUCCCCAGCAUGGCGUCAUCGUGGUAGGCGAGAGAAAUCUCACCAAAGAGAAACCAAACUUCUCCCAGUUCAUCGUCACCAAAUACGGCAUCAUGUACCGCCAUGACAACUCUGAGACGACUCGUGACUCUUUUGUGUUCAGUGCUUGGCUGAAUCCAAAAGGCAGGACUGCCCAGCGGCCUCAAGAUGAGAAGGAUGUAGUUAUUGAGCGUUUUAACAUCACAGUCAGGCCUGUGAACGAUCAACCACCUGUGCUAAAAACUAAAACUCCAAGUCUAAAAGUGGUACAGGGAGAGAAGGUAGCGAUCGGGCCUGAGGAUCUCAGAGUCGAAGACUUGGAUGAUCCUCCAGAGGAUAUUACGUUCUCUGUUAUUAGCAAACCAAGCAACGGUUACAUAGCUCUGCAAGGAGGUCUGAAUGAGUCAGUAGUUGCCUUCACUCAAGCUCAAAUCAACAGCAGAAAUGUGUAUUUUAUCCAUGAUGGAAGCUCUGCUUCAGGUGUGUUUUACUUCAGUGUUACAGACGGACAUCACAAACCGGUAUAUAAACUUUUUAACAUAGAUGUGUCAGAGAUUACCGUCACUCUACUCAAUUACACUGGAUUGUCUCUGCAACAAGGGAGGACUGUAGUACCUCUGACCCAGGACAACCUUGCAGCAGAGACAAAUGGCAAAAGCGCCACCAUUCACUACAUGAUUACAAAACCUCCCACCUUUGGGAAAAUUCUGAAAGAAAACCAGGAAGUUACACAUUUUACACAAGAGGAUCUUCGGACUGGAAGCUUAGCCUAUCACAUGAUCUCGCUGUCCUCUGCAGAAGACAGCUUUGAGUUUACUGUCUUCACUUCUGAGGCAAAUCUUACUGGUCAAGUCCUUAAUGUGACAGUCAGACCUCUGAUCCAUGUUGGCCAAGGAAUGAAAAUUCCCAAUGGGAUCACUGUAAGGCUCAACUCUAGCUUUUUUAAUGCCUCUGAACUGGCUGCUGUAAGUGACAAUGACCCUGUCUUUGACAUUUUGUCCCAUCCUAAGUACGGAAAGGUGCUUCAGAAAAGUUCUAAAAAGUCCAGGAAGUUCGUCCCAGCUGCAUCCUUCACAUUUCAGGAAGUGGUGCAGCAGAAAGUUGCAUUGGAGCUGAAUGCCAACAUGACUGGAGUAGAGGAGCUGAAUGAUUCCCUUGUUUUUGUGCUGAAAGCCGAUAAGGUCCAACCUGCUAAAGGGGAAUUCCACUUUACAGUCGUCCCAUACGACCCAGCGGUUUUUCCAACCACAAAAAGCCCAGUCCCAACCACGUCACCCAUUCCUCAGACACCAAUCAAGAUUUCUAGGAAUGGAACUGUCUCCCCAGUCCCGUCUACAGUUCUCCAUUCCACCCACCAACCGAGCAAAAAUCAGCAAAAAUUCAGAGGCCGUAACCGCUGGGGGAACUCGAAUGGAACUAGCUUUUUCAGCACAACACUUGGGAAGCCGCCUCGAACGGAGGAGUUUCCCUUUAGGAACACACCGGUCCGUGUGGAGUCCUACCCUCAGAAAACCUCCAACCCACUGCUCAUCAUCCUGCCACUUCUGGCCCUCCUGCUGCUCAUAAUCAUCUUUGUAGUUGUGGUCGUCUAUUUUCGACACCAUAGACAAACGAAGCAGAGCACCUCUUCACCUCAGGAGAAUCCACCCACUGUUUCACCCCACAGCGAGUCCCACAACGACCUAACCCAGAGGAGCACUGCAGUUCCCACUGUUACUGUCACUCCUUUAAGUCCCUCCUACCCUUCCAGCCCUGUGCUUAGCAGGUUUUUGCCACCGAUCCAGGCUUCACCUUAUGACACAGCUCACUCAAAUGUACUCGUCAGUUCUUGGAGUAACGGUUCUCUCGAACCAACUUCCCAAAUUAUUCACUCCAUCACCCCAACUUUACAGAAGAAUCAGUACUGGGUAUGAAGACAGUGACUGAUACAAGAUAAUGUUGCUACAUGUUUAUGUAGUGAAUGAAUGGUACACUUAAUUAUUUACUGUUGCAGUUACUUGCUAUAGAUUUCUGGAGCUGUUUUGACCCAUUGUGUGCUUUGUUCCAUUAAAUGGAGAACUGUAUGUUACUAUCUAUUAGUUUAACUCUCAUGAGCUCCCUUUCUGGAAGGCAGCAGCUGCUGAAAGAGGAAAUAAACAGCUUUUAUAAAGUGUUUCUUUUUUGUGGUUUAACAGGUCCUUUAUAUUUAGAAAGCUGCUUAUGUUCAUGUGAGAGAACAUUUUCCCAAACUAAUUAGUCACCAGCAAUCUCUAGGCAAGACGUCAGUCUUGUCGACAAAUCGGGUCGUGGUUAUACACGAUAGUGCCAAGUUUUUGGUGUGCAAACACUACUGAAGUGAGCAGCUGGCUUUAGAAGAAAAUGAGAUGUUCCCAUUUUAUUGGUGGAUCCUAAAUCAUGACCUCAAAGAUUACCCUGUGCCCAGGAAUGCUUGUGCAUGGAUGUGGCAAAUUUGGGGGAAAUAAUGAUGUAUGUGCAGCACGUUUGACACUUAUUGGCACGUCAGUUUGAGAAGUGCAUAAGUAGCAUAAUCUGAUACUGUAACAUUUAGACCAACACACCUUUUCAUUAAAACACAUUUUAAAAGUCAGGGGAAGGAUCUUGCAUCAGGAAAAGCUUAUAUGACAGCUUUUUUUAGAUUUGUUCUUCUUUAAGUAAAAACUUCCUAUUAAUCUUGGUAAAAGAAUGACAUGACAGAGGUUUAUCUAAUUUCAAAACUGGCGAUUAGGCAUGUUAAGGAACCAAGUACGUCUUACCACCACAGACAUUGAGGAAGUUAAUGAGAGAUCUCGAAAGCUCACUGAAAAUGGUAACUUAGGAACGGUGUGCUCCGAUCAAAUAAGACUUAAAACUGACAUUUCUUAGGAUGCAGGAUCACAUGUGCAAAGCACCUCAUCUCGAUGAAGCAUGGUGGAAAACCUGUGAUGCUGUGGGCCUCUUUUUUUCCAAGUGGUCUAAAAAUCAGCAUUGCAACAUGAACUGUUUAGUACAUUUAAAAGAAGCAAAAAAAAAGGCAGUGCCCUCGAGAAUAAAACUGAAAAUAGAUCAUUUUUUGGGUGUUUAAACUGAAACCAGAUUUUUCAAAACAUGAACAAAUCAACACAGGAAAAGUUCAAACUUAAAGAAAAUCUGGGAUGAUUUGAAAAUAAUCCAGCUCCUUCUCAAUAUGCUCCAACCUUUAUUAAGUUAUUUUGUACAUUUGAGAGACGGUUUGUGUAAAAUAAUACCACCAACAUCACAGUUGAUUUUGUAAAAAAAUGUCAAAGUGAGACAUUUUCACCCCUGUUAAAUACAUUAAAUUAAAAUUUUAACUUUUCUUACAUUCACAUUGUAGGAUCAGGCUGUUGCAAUUAAAUAAAAGUUUAUUUUACCCAUUUUUACCAGAGGUGCCGAUAAGUGAGGACAACGCUGUACAUUGAAUGAAGCAGAUUUUAGUGUUUUUCUUUAGCCGCUCACUGAAAACCUACAUGUAUGUACCUUUUCUUUAUGUCGGGAAGAAAUUAGACGUUUAUGGAUUUAAAUAUUAAAGGGGACAUUAGCAUGAUAACAACUUUAUACUGUGAAUUACUGAAGCUGGCAUAAAAUUUAUGGUCAAAAUAUUUCAAUCGAUUGUUUAGAUUUAUAUAAUUUCCAUAUAUACAAGUAUAUAAAAGUAUAGUUUAUUUUUGUUAUCUCAGGAAUUUUUUUACACAAAGUGUGCACUACAUUUAUCAAACGCAGCAUGUGGUCAGUAAUUGGCAGGACUUUGCAGGUUUUCAAUAACUUAAGUAAAACCACCAUUAAUGUUGUUUUACACAGUUUUUACCUCUGUUUCUAAAGCAUUUAGGCACUGACCAUAUCCUGCAGAUUUAACCUCAUAGCACUCUACUCUUUUAUAAAAAUAAAUAUCAAAGUAUGGUCCAGAAUUGGUAAAUAAUCUUUACAUGUGGGGUUUUAUAUUUCUGUAAUAGAAAAGGAUGUUUUAUUUAAAUGAACAAAACUACUGAAAUGUCUUGGCUAGAGAAAGCGGUAAGAAGCUUUUGAUGACUGAAAGGAGCUCUUGUUUCAUCUUAUUUUAUCAAAGUCGGGAUAAAUUCUGUCAAGUCAUGAACGUUCUUUUCUGUGGAUGAACUCUGAUCAUUCUGCUGUGAUCUGCUCUAAAGUGAAUUGUGGAUUUUCGGGGAAAAGAAACCACUGCAAAUAUAUCAGUCGUGAAAUAAUUUUGUACUGAAAAGAAUCACUUGUGUCCCAGUCUAAUCUAAGUGUUAAAAUUUAAUUUGUAACAGAAGUGUUGUAUUUAAUUAUACUGUAUUUUUCAAUAAACCACUUUAGAAAUCUU